AUGAACACCACCUUGUUAGUCACAAUCUGUAUUGUGCUCAUGACUUUGGUCAGUACCCAAUCUGUCGAUUCUUCCCCAGAUUUUCCAAAUAUUUCGUCGGAAAAGUGGGAAGAUGAGACUGAAAACGACUAUCUCAAUAACCUCAAGAGCUUGGAGCAUGAAGAAGGCAGUAAAUUAAGACAAAUGGUCGAAAACUAUGUCAAGGCACACUUGGCUUCACACAAAAAUGGCAAAGAGUUUUGUGCGAAGCCAUUGAAGGUUAAGAAUAUCAUGCAAGAGAGCUAA